AUGGCUUCUGAACCCCGGCAGUAUCAUCCUUUGACCUGCCACGGUCACUCCCGACCCGUUCCCCAUAUCGCCUUCUCAGCUAUCGACAAGGAGCCUGACAAAGACAAGAACGAUGUCUAUUACAUGAUCUCGGCCUGCAAAGAUGGUAACCCGAUGCUUCGCAAUGGUACCAACGGCGACUGGAUUGGCACUUUCAUUGGCCACAAAGGUGCUGUUUGGCAGGCGAGGCUCAGCCCCGAUUCUCUCAAUGCUGCAACUGCAUCGGCUGACUUCACAGCCAAGAUUUGGGACACUUACACCGGCGAGCUGCUUUACACUCUCCAGCACGAACACAUUGUACGUGCUAUUGCGUAUCCUCCCGACAACUCCGAUCUCAUCGCGACGGGUGGCAUGGAGAAGAAGCUGCGUAUCUUCGACCUCUCAGAACUCGCAGCGGCUCCUGGAUCUCCUGCUACCAUCAACGCCUCGACUGGAUUUGAGAUUGGCGAGGGCGUUCACACUGGUUCCAUCAAGUUUAUCUGCUGGACCCAGGACCCUAACAUUGUUGUGACAGCCUCUGACAAGACAAUUCGCUGGUUGGACCUACCUAGCCGAGCCUGCAUCCGACACGAGGUUCUCGAUGGAGACAUCAAGUCUUGUGAGAUGGUGUCAUUGGCUCCCCAGUAUGCUUCGCCUAGUGAUAUUGGUGGCGGAAAGCCAGUGCUCGCUGUCGCAGCUGGCAAGACUGCGUAUUUCUGGGGCGGCGUCCAGGCGAUGGACGAGCUUAAACGUAUUACUCUGCCCUAUACGAUUGCCAGUGUAUCCGUUGACCUCAAGGGUCGCAAGUUAGUUGUUGGCGAGGAACCUGGUACAUGGGCCAAGGUGGUUCGCUAUGACGAUGGCACGGAGAUUGACACACACAAGGGACACCACGGUCCUAUCUGGUCGAUCGCAUUUUCUCCUGAUGGCAAGCUUUACGCAACGGGAUCUGAGGAUGGUACUAUCAAGCUGUGGAAGAACUGCGAGGGCUAUUACGGUCUUUGGCGCGGAGGCGGAGAAAGAGCUGCAGAAUAG